UGAGCCCUACCAGAACGGCUAGCACGAUCGGAAUCUUUGACAGCGGGCUAACAUGAUGUCCUGGAGUGACUCAUCUGUAGGCGCUCGGCGGCGAUUUGUAUUGGCUUGGGUUUGAGGGCUUGCCCUCAGCGCAGCACCAGCCACAUGUACGUCAUACGCCCUGGCGGAUAUGUGGCGCUGUUGCUGAGUCAACCAGCGCGCACAGCUUGUGAAUCCGCGACCAGUCUGCGCAACGGCAAUCAAGCUACCUUCGCUAUGGGGCAUAACUCAUCGCUAUGUUUAUGUCGCAAACUCCUCUAACAGCGCAUCAGAAUAUCACACCGCCUUCUAGCUUCACAGACCCGCCGUUGACGCCCCCGCCGACCGACGAGAAGCCCUUUGCUCAUGCCCGCACCGCCGCCAGCGCUCUAUCCCCACGACUCUCCGCGUCCACUUCUCGCAGCCCGACUACGACAGCAAUGACAACGCCAUCCCCUUCGCCCAUCCCCCUACCUUGUGUCUCCCCAAGAGCCUUCAUCGCCGACCAAUCCCUCUCUCCUCGAAGCGAAAGCGAAAGUGAGAGCAUGCGCCUGCUGAAACAGUUCCUUCAACGUCCCGCCCGUCUUACCGUCCGAAACGCCAACCCAUCAUAUGAGACGACUACCGACAAUAAGGAAACAAGGCACAGCAUCUGUGACACGAGCGGGGGCUGGUGCAUAUGCUUUGGGAUGAGGGAGGACAGCAAGUGCGACUUGUGGGGAGCGCCCGUUAUCAAGAAAAUGGUGGGAUGAGGUUUGAAGAGCACUUAGAAUGGCGGUGAAGAGACUGUAAGUUCUUUCUUUAAGCUAUUCAUAGUGAUACAGAAUCAUUUGUUUGACC